GGAAAUGACACACACGGAGUCCCGUCACGUCACGCGAGAUCGCACGGACACGCAGCACACAAAGAGCCAGCGUGGGGCGCGGGGAGACAGCCAGCCCACGACACGGAGCCAGGGUCUCCCUCCCCCUCCAGCCGGCCGUGCCCAGAGACAGAGAGCCGGGAGGGGCCGGGCUGCGGGCUAGGUUGGUCGGAAAAUGAACGCAGAUGAACUCAGACCUGAAGAUAAUAAAGAAGGUACCAAGUUGGUUGUAAAGGUUGAAGCCUCAGGUGAAGAUGAUUUGCUGGAUUGUUCAAGCAGUGUAUCUGUAAGGAAGCCUGGUCCGGAGAGCACACAAAUCUGUCAGCCCGAGUCCAACAAGCGUAAACAAACAUCUCUGAUGUGUGAUGGAUCGAGCAGCGAAGCAGAAAUUAUACCCACCGUUAAAAAACGACGGCUCAUCCCAGAGAGCCAGAUUUCAUGUAUGAGAAACAGAGAAUCUGGAUCAUCUGCCCAGGUAAACACAGAGUUGUCAAGUACAAACUCCGACUACAGCACUACAUCCCUGUGUGAAGCCGAAGAACCGGCCAAUGAAUUUGUCACAUCUUACAGGAAACCUCUGUAUAGCAUUUCACAUAAAAUAACAGAAAAAAAGAAUCCUGUUUCAUCUGAUCUGCUAGUAUCUUAUGAAAUGUAUGACAAGACAAAUCACGAAAGUACCUCAAAUCUACGAGGUCUUACUGAAUUGCGCAAACGUGAAUCUGCUGGCACCUCAAUGGGGAAUGAUGAAUCUAACGUUUAUUCCUUGAUACAAAAAAUGUUUUUUGCCCUCAACUCUCUAAAUUCCAACAUGUCACAGCUACAUAGUAAAGUUGACCUUCUGUCUCUUGAGGUGAGUAGAAUUAAGAAAAAGGUCAGUCCUAUGGAAAUGGUGGCUGAGUUCCAGCCACCUCCUGAAUAUCAACUUACAAGCGCAGAACUGAAACAGGUAAUGGACCAGAGCAGCUCUGCUGGGGAUCUUAGUUGUCGAUUACUAGUUCAAUUGUUUCCUGAGCUUUUUGGAAAUGAUGACUUCUCUAGGAACUGUUCUACAUGUGGUUUCAUCUCCAAGAAUAAGCUUGAGUCCCUUCACCUCCAGCUUAUAAGGAACUAUGUGGAGGUGUGCUAUCCUGCUGUUAAAAACACUGCCAUCUGGCAGGUGGAGUGCUUACCUCAAAUAAAUGACUUUUUCAACCGGUUUUGGGCUGAAAGGCAGAUGGAAAGCAGCAACCAAAGUAUGCAUUCCAACAGUUUCUAUGGUUCUCCAUCACAACAGAAUUCUCAUUAUGUUGAAAAUAAAAAUCAGGAAGAAGAAGAAGAAGUCUCCUUGAAUAGGAUAAAUUCUGUUUCCUCCGAGUACACUGUCAAUGCUCAAGAUCUCAAUGAGUUUUUAGAUGAAGCUUCAUCCCCCGGUGAAUUUGCUGUGUUUUUGCUGCACCGUUUAUUUCCUGAGAUUUUUGACCAAAGAAAGCUUGCAGACAGAUCUGCUAGGGAACUGGAGAAUUUUGUUCUCGAUCCUCACCGGUUACAGCUGAUCCGCCAGUAUACGGAGAUUUAUUUUCCUGACGUGCAAGAUGAUGGUGCUUGGCUACAGCACUGUGUGCAAAGAAUUAAUGAUGAGUUGGAGAGUGUGUUUAUGGAUGGUAGCGAAUGUGAUGAUUUACGUGAUGACUGUUAUGACUCUGCCAGCUUACCUGAUGACCUGUCUAUUGUAAAAGUGGAAGAUGGCAUUGACUCGGACAGACCAGGAAGAAGAUCUAAAAAAAUUUGGCUUGUUCCAUUGGACUUUGAUAAAACUGAUAUUCCACUACCUGAUUUUGAGGUCCCAUAUCCACAAUACCUCCUCAGCAAGGAGCAAAUUAAAAAUAUCUAUGAGAGUAGCCUAUCUAUUGGUAAUUUUGCUUCUAGACUACUGGUACAUUUGUUUCCAGAACUUUUCACUCAUGAGAAUUUGAGGAAGCAAUACAACUGCAGUGGCUCACUUGGGAAGAAGCCACUUGACCCUAUCCGGGUCAAACUUAUUCGGCAUUAUGUGCAAAUGCUCUAUCCCAGAGCAAAGAAUGAUAGAGUUUGGACUCUAGAAUUUGUAGGGAAGCUGGACGAACGAUGUCGCCGAAGGGACACAGAGCAAAGGCGGUCUUAUCAACAGCAAAGGAAGGUGUUUGUGCCUGUGCCAGAAAGGAGAGACUUUGUGCCUUUUGAGCUGAAUCCAGAGAGAUACAGAGAUCUGAUUGAAGGCCCACCUCUGCCACCAGAACGUAGUACAAAGGACUUCUGUAAAAUACCACUGGAUAAAAUUGUUGUUCCCCUUCCUGAUUUCCCUGUGCCUUCAGUCUAUAUCUUAAAUGAUAAAGAAAUUAGGGAUAUUGUACAACAGUCUCUCUCAGUAGGAAACUUUGCUGCCCGCCUGCUUGUGAGACUUUUCCCAGAACUGUUUACUGCGGAAAAUCUUAGGCUGCAGUAUAACCACUCAGGAGCAUGCAACAAGAAGCAGCUUGAUCCCGUGAGACUAAGGCUUAUCCGCCAUUAUGUGGAAGCCGUUUACCCUGUGGACAAGAUGGAGGAGGUGUGGCAUUAUGAAUGUAUUCCGAGCAUUGACGAAAGGUGCAGGCGCCCAAACAGAAAGAAAUGUGACAUACUUAAAAAAGCUAAGAAAGCAAAAAAGUAAUUGCUACUGAAACAAAAACCUAAACUUCUGGUUAUUAAAUUAUUUUAGUGGUGUAGAGAAAGAUUUAUAGUGCUGCUUUUUACCUGUGUUUUAGGACUAUUAGUACAUGAAGUAUGUAAAUAGUAUGCAGGAAUGUGAGAACCACAGCAUAUUUGCACUCUCCUGGGAAACUUAUUUCAUUCAC